CAUAUGAUCUGUCAGAAGUGUUUUCGCAAAAUUUAUUAUUUUUUAUAUGAAUUAAUCCGCGUAUAAAUAUUAUAGAUAAAAAUAAACCGCAAGUAUUAAAAAAUGAUUGAAGUUGUUACAAUUAUAUAUUAAUGGAAUAUUCAAAUUUUUAGAGCAGUUGACGUGUAAAUAUCAUAGAGUAUAUCUGUCAAUGUUGAUUUUGGCCACGUUGGAAGUACAAUUCAUAACAUUUUAAUCUGUUUAAUGGAUUUAUCGUUUUAAAGUUUCAGGAACAAAUAUUGAAAAUUAUGAAGGUAAAAGAUAUCGAACGUACGGCUAACGUAGCUUGGUCUCCGAAAAACCAGCACCCUAUAUAUUUAGCGGCCGGUACCGCCGCUCAACAGCUAGACGCUUCUUUCAACACCAAUGCAGUACUGGAAAUUUAUUCUUUAAAUUUAACAGAUCCUGGUCCUGAUACCCCUUUAGUUUCAUCAAUUCAAACUGAUCAUCGUUUUCAUAAGAUUAUUUGGGGCUCCCACGGAAACAACCCGGUACAAAGUACAAUCAUAGGCGGAUGUGACGAUGGGCUGAUUCAAAUUUACAAUGCCACAAAACUUUUGAAAGGGGAAGACGCUCUAAUUGGGAGACAAGAAAAUCACACAGGUCCCGUACACGCUUUGGACUUCAACAACUUCCAGCAGAACUUAUUUGCUAGCGGUGCAGGAGAUUCUCAAAUUUACAUAUGGGAUUUGAAUAAUCUGAGCCAACCGAUGACACCAGGGGCAAAAUGUCAACCCUCUGAAGAAGUUCUAUCGGUAUCUUGGAAUAAACAAGUGCAGCACAUCCUAGCGUCGACUUUUCCUUCGAAAUGCGUCAUUUGGGACCUUAGAAAAAGCGAACCAAUCAUUAAAUUAACUGAUACAGUAUCAAGAAUCAAAUGGAAAGUGGUUACUUGGCAUCCGGAAGUUGCAACUCAACUAUGCUUAGCUUCUGAGGAGGAUCAAGCGCCGGUUAUACAAAUGUGGGAUCUUCGGUUCGCCACUUCCCCUUUAAAAACCCUUCAAAAUCACCAAAGGGGUAUAUUAUCAUUAGCUUGGUGUACUGAGGAUCCGGAUCUAUUAGUUUCCUGUGGAAAAGAUAACAGAAUAUUAUGUUGGAAUCCAAAUUCUAAUCACCAGAAUGGGGAAGUUUUAGCUGAAAUUGCCGCUACGAAUCAAUGGAGUUUUGAUGUUGUAUGGUGUCCUAGGAAUCCGGCUUUAAUCGCUUCUUCUAACUUUGACGGUCAUGUUUCUGUUUAUUCCGUUAUGGGUGGGAAAACCCAACCGAUUCAAACUACGAAUAAAAUCGCGGACAGUUUUCCCGGUAUGGAAGGUUAUGUUAGAGCUCCUGAGCCUCAGCAAGAUUUAGGACCUACAAGUGUCGAUUUGAGUAAACCGCCGAAAUGGUUGAAGAAACCCAUUGGAGCAAGUUUUGGGUUCGGUGGAAAAUUGGUUACGUUCGAUGAUGGAAAAUCGGCGGUAGCGCAAAGUUUACAAAAUCUUCAACCGGGACAACAACUUCCACAUAUUCAAAGGACCGUUCAAAUUAGUCAGGUUAUUACAGAACCGGAUUUCGUUAAGAAAUCAAUCGAAUUAGAAAAUACUUUGGAAUAUGGGAAUUUUACUGAUUAUUGUCAAGGCAAAUCCGAUUCGUCAAUCGACGAACACAAAAAAUACAUAUGGCGUUUUUUGAAAGCCAAUUUCGAAGAGGUACCCAGAGCGGAGUUGCUCAAUUUGUUAGGUUAUAAUCUCGCCCAAGUUAAUAAAAAAUUAGACACGCACGCCGGAACGAAAUCGGUCAAUAACGUCGAUAGUUUAACCGAAGAUUUCGCUUAUUCCAACAGGAUAGAAGAUUACGAUCCUAACGAUGCUUUCGACGUAAUAAGUAAACAACAGAAAAAGGAGACUAAAACGUUCAAAAUUAAUACGGACGAUGAUACGGAAGGUCUCAUAACGCAAGCUCUGUUGUUGAAUAACGUCGCGGCUGCUGUGGAAUUGUGUUUGAAAGCCGAAAGGUACGCGGAUGCCUUAGUUAUUGCGACUACCGGUGGUCCGGAUCUAUUAGCAAAAACCCAAAUGAAAUAUUUAGAACAAUCCAACGGUUACGUAUCAACUUUAAUAUCAGCUAUAGUUUCGGAAGAUUGUAGUUUAAUAAUCAACAAUUGUGAUAUAAGUAAUUGGAAGGAAGCUCUAGCCGCUGUCCUAACUCACGCCUCGGACGACGAUUUACCAACGUUAUGCGAACGUUUGGGUGAUAGAUUGGUCGAGGAAUGUAAAAACGAUGUGAAAUUAUCUCGAGACGCUCAAUUGUGUUACAUUUGCGCCGGUAGUUUCGAUAAACUCGUGACCAGUUGGAGCGAUAACGCUCUGAAAUCCACAGAGACUCUUCAAGAAUUGAUAGAGUUGGUGACGUUUUUGCAGAAGGCUAUCGAAAGGCAAGGUAGACAAGUUAAGGUAUCGGGCGUAUUGGCGGACCUACUAUCCCAUUACGCUUCCCUAUUAGCCUCCCAAGGCGAACUAUCCACGGCCGUAGCCUAUUUAGGUGCGUCCGGCAACGAAAAAGUGGCCGCGCUAAGGAACCGGCUGCAAACGGCGCUCGGUCAAAGGCCGUCGCUCGGUCAAGAAACGAGACAACAGAACAACCGAAGAGGCAGCCAGAGAAGUUCGUUUUCGAGCUACAACAACAACAACAACAAUCAAUAUCAACCGGCGCCGGUAGCGAGUUACAACCAAUUCAACGCCGGCGGUUUACCGCCGCCGCCGCCGCCGACUGUAAACAACCAACCGUGGCAACCGGCGACCGCAGGUUUACCGCAACCUCCGAGACCCAACAGCGUCGGUUCGAAUCAAGGUUUGCCGUCGAAAAAAUACGUCGUGGAUCCUUCGGUGGGUUCGAAUCCUUACGUUUCGACGUUUAACCAAUUCGUUAAUCGACCGCCGGUCGAUUUGUAUCGAUCGUCGAAUGAUAACGAUGCGUACGGUUCCAAUUCGCAAAUACCGCCGACGAACGCGUCUAAUCUUAGUUUCAAUUUGUCUCCUAUGAAUAAUUCGGCGCGACAAAAUUACGCGCCGCCUCCGCCGCCGUCUUCCGUCGUUGAACCGGCGCAGUACGCUUUGAAAGGCGUCGCUUCGACUUCGGCGCACGGUUGGAACGAUCCGCCUCCGUUAACGAAACCGUCGAAACCGCAGAGUAACGACGAAACUGCACAAAGAGAAAUGUACGCCACGCACGCCGGAGUCAAAUUAUGGCGAAAGCCAAAAUCGGAAGUUACACCUGCCGAACCUAUCACACACCCCCUGUAUGGUACAGCGCCGGUUCAGGCCUCGCCUUUACCAAUGAACGGUUACGGAGACGCGAAUCAAAUAACACAACCUUAUAAUCAAAAUUUUUAUCCUCAAAAUCCACCGUCGACGUUCCAACCGCAAGCAACUACAUUCGCCACCGCAUACAACCCCAAUAAUUUCAAUCAAAAUUUGGUACAACCACAACAGGAAGUCGUAGGUAGGACGGAAAUUCCCCAACCCGUUCAAAAACCUCCGAUACCCGAAGAACAUUUACAUUUAAAAACCGUUUUCGACGAAUUAAGGAAUCGAUGUAGUUGUACGGCUAAUAAUCCGCAAACGAAAAGGAAACUCGACGACGUCGGAAAAAAAUUGGAAUUACUCUACGACGCUUUAAGGGAAUUAAGGCUUUCACCCAACACAUUGUCGUCCCUCCACGAAAUGGUACAAAUGAUCCAAACCGGAAAUUAUACGGGGGGUUUGAGUUUACAUACACAAUUGGUGUCAGGUCCGGACUUCGCCCAAAUUGCCAGUUUCAUGCCGGGUAUUAAAGUGUUGCUGCAAACAGCUUUACAAUUACAAGUUUACAUUAGAUAGAUGGAGAAGCGAAUAUAUAAUGAAAACAAAAAACAGAAAAAAAGAACCGAAACGACGAUUCAAUUCGAUUUAUUUAAGCCGAAGAAAUUUUUUUCAAUUUUUAGUUGUAAUUGAAUUAGUUAUUAUGAAAUAGAUAAUACGAGGGGCGUUUUGAAAGAUUACGACGAAUAAACUUGACCGUUAUCCAUUUAAUGCUCAUUUUACUCAGUCAGACACUAUUAUAUUUCAUCUAUGUCAUUUUGGUGACUCGUUUUAUGGUAUUUUUAAUUUUUAUUCACUGUUUGAUCACUUGGUGUCUUAAUUCGAUGCUGGAAAUUAUCUUUUACUGUCUAUUGUUGUGAUGUAUUAGUAUUUUUUCGUUUUUAUUUUGCUCUUUCUAUCAUUUUUUGCCACUUUUAACCCGUUUUCUUUCCUAGUGUCGUAACAUUGUCUUCGAAGAACUUGCUGGACUCUUCAUUUCCACUGAAUAUUGUUUUUUCCAACAAGUGGUAUCAUAUAUGGUAAAAUCAUUACUGAAACUCUCUUUAUUCCAUUUUCUGUCUGUACUUAUCUCGAAAAAAAGGUUUUUUUGACUUCGUCUAUCAUUCAACAUCCAUCCAUCGAUAUAUGACUAUAAUUUUUCAUAUUUCACAUGUUGAAAGUGUUUUAAUGGUUUUCAAUUGCAAUCUAGUAUCCUUCCAUUGAUCUAGAAAGAUUAUUUUGUCUUUUUGACGGUUUCUAGCUAUUUGAUGUCAAUUUUUUAUCCAUUCUUUCUCUAAUAUCACCCAUCAAUCUUCAGAGGAUUUACUAGAAUCUCCAUUUCCAUUAAAUAUUGUGUCUGAUAGCUGUUUGUCUAUUGAAAAAGGUUUCAUCCACCUUCUAACAUCCCCUAGGACUAUUAUUUUCCAUAUUUUGCAGUUUUCGUCUAUUUCAAGUCGGUUUUUAACCGAUGUUUCUCAAAAUUCGUCCACUUAUACAAUAAUUUCUAUUUCUAUCAUUUAUUGUCGUCAAAAACUGAAUUUUGAGGAAAUUUUUGAUUCUUAGGAACCCAUAUCGAAAAACGUUGUAGCCCCCUUUCCGCUAAGUAAAUUAGUUUUAAAUAAUAUAUUCUUAAUAAAAAAAAAAUUUAAUUUCUGUUUUGUUUUUGAAUAUUUAAAUUUUUUACCAUAUUUGUAAAGUGAUUAAAAAACAAAUUGAUUAUUAUAUUAAGGUGCUUUUUAAUAAAUUAUAUCCAUUUUGA